UCUGUGGUACGGUGGCGUAUCGUCUCUUCCUGCGUCCCUUUUCCUCGCCGUUUACAUGUGGAAGAAAGAUUUAAAGAAGAAAAGAAAUAAUACAUAUUUUGUGCUCCUCCGGUUCUGGAUAAGGGGGCACGCGAACCGAGGCAGGAUCGGCGGAGAUGGACGAAUAAGGGAUUUUUAAGAUCAAACAUGGACACUACAGGCUCCCCCCGAUGACUGUGCUUUUAUCCUGGGCGCUGUGAGGAGCUCUGCCUCGUGGACACAAUUUAGGAUCAUCUACCCUCCUUUAUCCCUCCCUUCCCCAAAACCCCAUUCCCUUCCUUACCCCUCGCCAAUCCCUAGCUACCCACAUAAGGGCAUCCCUGUAGAUACAUCUUCGUCUUGCAAAACAAGGGGACUCAAAGACAUUCAGAUAAUUUACAUAUAGAUUAGGACUUUGUGAUGGUAGGUAAGUGGGCAUAGACAUACAGAAGUGAGUGCCAGGGAACAAACACAAAGGCAAUAAACACGGAAAGAUGUAGAUAUAGAUUAAAGGGAUAAUAUUUUUGGAAACCUGAAGAUGUAAAGAUUUAUAUUUUAUACAUAAAACUUUUAGUACAAGCUCAUAAAAUUAACCCAAGGCACCACGAUAGACAUUUUGCACGUACAAUCCUCCUAUUUAGCUUUCAAUAUAACCUUGAUUCACACGCCACGGUCUCAUGAUGAUGUGCGAAGUUAUGCCCACCAUAUCUGAGGAUGGGCGAAGCGGGACUGGUGGAGGCCCCUCCUCACCUGCAGGAGCAGGUGUUGGAGGUGUUGGAGGUGCGAUGGGUGGAGGAGGAUUCAGCAGCAGGGAGCCUAGAGGUGGAGGCGACGAAGGAGGCAGCACGGGGAACUUGGAAUCUCUAAUGGUCAACAUGCUGACAGAGAGGGAGAGGCUGCUGGAGAACCUGAGGGAGACACAGGAGAGUCUGGGCACAGCUCAGCUACGCCUCCGGGAGCUCGGCCACGAAAAGGAGUCACUUCAGAGGCAGCUAUCAAUUGCUUUGCCACAGGAGUUUGCUGUGCUGACUAAAGAGCUGAAUGUUUGCCGGGAGCAGCUUCUAGAGAGGGAGGAAGAAAUUGCUGAGCUCAAGGCAGAGAGAAACAACACACGUUUAUUGCUUGAACACCUGGAGUGUCUAGUGUCUCGCCAUGAGCGCAGUUUAAGGAUGACAGUGGUGAAGAGGCAAGCCCAGUCCCCUGCAGGGGUCUCCAGUGAGGUGGAAGUCCUUAAGGCCCUCAAAUCCUUGUUUGAGCACCACAAAGCACUGGAUGAGAAGGUUCGAGAGAGGCUCCGUGUGGCCCUCGAGAGGGUGUCCAUGUUAGAAGAUCAACUUGCAGCAUCUUCUCAAGAGGUAAUCUCUUUAAGAGACCAAAUUAAAAGACGUCAACAAGGGGUGGACGGCGGGAAAGAUCGGCUACCCAAUGGUCCCUCAUCUGGCCUGGAGGAUGGGGAGCUUGACAGACAGAGAGAAGGAGAGAUAGAACGACAGAGAGCUGAACUCUCCCAGCUGAGGGAGAGGCUGGCCCUCAUGUGUCGACAGGUUGGGGAAAUAGAGGAACAGCUUGCGGCCGCCAGGAGGGAGGUGACGAAGUCAGAGGAGGCCAAUCAGAAGCUCCAAAGGGAAGUGAAAGAGGCUCUUUGCCAAAGAGAAGACAUGGAAGAAAGAAUUACAACACUUGAGAGGAGGUAUCUCAGUGCCCAGAGGGAGGCGACCUCUCUCCACGAUAUCAAAGACAAGUUGGAAAAUGAGCUGGCAAGCAAGGAAUCCCUCUACAGACAAAGUGAAGAGAAGAACAGACAGCUGCAGGAACGUCUGGAUGAGGCAAAGCAGAAGCUCCAGCAGACCCUGCAGAGAGCCGAGACUUUGCCUGAAAUCGAGGCCCAGCUUGCACAAAGAGUGGCUGCUCUCAACAAGGCAGAAGAGCGCCAUGGAAACUUUGAAGAGCGGCUGCGGCAAAUGGAAGCCCAACUUGAGGAGAAGAACCAAGAGCUGCAGAGGGCAAGGCAGAGGGAGAAGAUGAAUGAUGAACACAACAAACGCCUCUCAGAUACAGUGGACAAGCUUCUGUCUGAGUCCAAUGAGAGACUCCAACUUCACCUCAAAGAGAGGAUGGCAGCACUAGAGGAGAAGAAUGCUCUUUCUGAAGAGCUGUCCAACAUGAAGAAAAUCCAAGAUGAUCUUCUUGCUAAUAAGGAGCAGCUUCUUGCUGAACUUGAACGAGUUCAAUUGGAGCUGGAUCAGCUGAGAGGCAGGCCCGGCUCAUCUUAUUCCAGGGCGGGCAGCGUGAGCUCACUUCCCUCCACCCUUUUUCGGAGAUCUCUUCCAGGGAGCGCCUCAGAGCUGCGGUACCCUCAGGGUAGUGGCUCACUCCCAGCUGGCUACGGCAACUCCUCCAGUGGAGUGGUGGUCAGGCGGGCACACCGUGGCCGAUGGGGGCCUCCUAGGGACGAUAGCAACAAGUAUGGGGAGUGGGACAGCAGCACUAUGCUGGGUCCAGGGUAUGAGGGUGGCGUGGAAGGAGGCUGCUCUGAUGAUGAGGAGGACAGAGAAACUCUGUUUGGAUCUGAGUUGCUCUCUCCCAGUGGACAGACAGAUGUACAAACUUUAGCCAUCAUGCUACAGGAGCAACUGGAGGCCAUUAACAAGGAGAUUAAGUUGAUUCAGGAGGAGAAGGAGAGUACAGAGCUAAGGGCUGAAGAAAUUGAGAGUCGGGUCAGUAGCGUGGCCCUUGAUGCCUCGCCUCUUCCGCCAUCAUCACUGGGAGGACGGGACAGUGUCGGAAGGGGCUAUAUGACACCCUCCAUCACCUCUUCCACAUUAGCAUCUCCCUCACCACCCAGUUCUGGACAUUCCACCCCUCGCCUGCCACAUUCACCUGCCAGGGAGACUGAAAGACAGAAUAGCAAAGAUGGUGAAGAAUGCAGAGCACUUGCUCUUAUUGACUCCACCCCUCCGCCUGUUCCUCGAGCCCUCCGAUUGGACAGAAUGACACACACUCACCCUGGGGCAGGCCUUGACGACCACCGUGAAUUUCGCAGUCUUUCUGCUGAUGGUGCCACAACAGCCAGCCAGGAUUCCCUCCACAAAGCCAGCAAAAAGAAAAGCAUUAAGUCCUCUAUCGGACGUCUCUUUGGCAAAAAGGAAAAGGGGAGGAUGGGUGCACCUGGACGUGAAUCUGCCUCAUUGGCUUCCACUCCCUCUGAUGAUCUUGGUUCAGCUGACCCAUUAGGCUUAGCCAAACUUGGGACUGGAACGGUGGAAAAAGAUCGCCGCAGCAAAAGAAAGCAUGACUUGUUAGAGGAAGCCUGUCGUCAGGGUCUGCCUUUCGCCUCAUGGGAUGGUCCCACUGUAGUCACAUGGCUUGAGCUGUGGGUUGGCAUGCCUGCGUGGUAUGUAGCAGCCUGUCGUGCCAACGUAAAGAGUGGUGCCAUCAUGGCCAAUCUGUCAGACACAGAGAUUCAGAGGGAGAUUGGUAUCAGCAACCCCUUGCACAGGCUGAAACUUCGUUUAGCCAUCCAGGAAAUGGUUUCCCUCACGAGUCCGUCUGCUCCUGCAAGCACGCGCUCUUCGACCAGUAAUAUUUGGAUGACACAUGCUGAAAUGGAGUCUCUCACUGCUGCCACCAAACCAGAGCAGAAGGAGUUCAGCUGGGAUCAGAUCUUGGCUUAUGGAGACAUGAACCAUGAGUGGGUGGGAAACGAAUGGCUGCCCAGUCUGGGUCUUCCCCAAUAUCGAUCUUACUUCAUGGAGUCACUGGUGGAUGCUCGCAUGCUUGAUCACCUCACCAAAAAAGAACUGAGGGGCCAGCUGAAGAUGGUGGACAGUUUCCACAGGGUGAGCCUUCACUAUGGUAUCAUGUGCUUGAAGCGCUUGAACUACGACAGGAAGGAGCUGGAGAGGAGGCGGGAUGAGAGUCAACACCAGAACCAAGAUGUGAUGGUGUGGUCCAAUGAGCGAGUAAUGUGUUGGGUGCAGUCCAUUGGUCUGAAAGAGUUUGCCGACAACCUAUUAGAGAGUGGAGUCCACGGUGCUUUGCUGGCACUAGAUGACACUUUUGACUAUACUGACUUGGCCCUGCUUCUUCAAAUACCAAACCAGAACACACAGGCAAGGCAGCUUCUAGAGAAGGAGUACAAUGCUCUCAUCUCCAUGGGAACAGAGAGGAGGCCAGAUGAGCAGGAUGGCACAAAAACAUUUACACGGUCACCAUCGUGGAGGAAGAUGUUCCGAGAGAAGGACCUCCGAGGCGUGACCUCCGAUUCCUCAGAAACAUUACCUGCCAACUUCCGUGCUUCCGCCAUCUCAACCCCCUCUGUCACAUUGAGAAAAGUCCAGAGUGAAGUAAACUCUGGUCCAAGAGGAGAGUCUGGGUCAGUGAGAACAUAUUCCUGCUAAAGAUAAGCACACCAGAAGCUCACCUCCAUCCAACCAGAGAAAAAAAAACACACCGUGGGGGAAAAAAAGAAAAGAAAUACAAACUUAACUGGACACUAGAAGAUGACCUACAGCUUUUGAGCCAUGUGUCCCAAAAUAAUCAAAGACAAUGAGUGAAUGAUUUCUGAAAAGACGAUAAAAUAAUGAGUGAAUGUCUGUUUACCCAUUGUUUUCUAUCUCUUUCUGUCUCUUUCUCUCCAUCUUGAUCCAUAGUUGUGGCAUGAUGCUGUUUGACUCUGUAGAAAGUGACCAUUGCCUAUCGUGAAUUCAGAUUCUGUUCCUGAGUGUGAAAUGGCAAUAUUGACACAAUGAAUUUAUAGUUUUUAAACUGGAAAAUGCAUUCCUGGUCAGAUCAAGAGAAUUAUAUGCAUCAUUUCAUUUGAUCUGAUCCUGAUUUAGACUGAUGAGAGAACAUAUUCUGCCGAAUAACAUCCCAACAGAGGACAGUCUGCAUAGAGAGACAUUUGGAGAAUGUAGGCGCCCACAGCGGGGAAAUUAAAUGUUCUUAAGCCAUAACAGCGAUGAGAUGCACAAAUGUGAAUAGGACUGAUUAUGACACAGUUGGAAAAGUGCUUUAUGACAAACUCCUGUUCACACAGGAAAAAAAGAGUUUAGUUAUGGAGCAUUUGUGUUAAUAUGCAUGCCAAAAUCAACCAUUUUAGAGUGAACGUCAUAAUAUCAACCAUCCGAUGAUGUGGAAGCUUGGGUCAGGACUUUGUAAAAUGUGUGUAUUUUAUUUUUAUCAUUUUUUAUGAUAACUGCUAUUCUAUGUAUGUAUGUACAGUAUGUAUGUGUGUGUAUUAAACUGUAUGUUAAUUUCAUACUUAGUUUUAAGACUGACUGUAAUUUAAUUUGAGGUUGACAAAAAGAAAUCUGUUUUAAUUUAUGGACAUUUAAGAUAUGCUACUUGUAUGUGUACAUUUUGAAAAACAAAUUGUGUCAUGAUUUGAAUUCCUAUUAUUGGAGAGUAGUGAUGAUAAUUGAAUAUAAUAUGAUAACAAUAAUAAUGAUUGUAAAAGCUGUAAUUAAAAAACAUACCUGUAA